UUUCCCAUUCCCAAUUCCUCCAUUUCCCCUCGUUUUCUAGGGUUAUCCUCCAUGACGGAUAACGAGAAAGAUAACUCCAACACAGACGAUUUAAGCGACGCACUCCCGGCUGCCGUCUCCGUUCUCAGCGCGGAGGAUCGUGCUGGGCUUGUUAAUGCACUCAAGAAUAAGCUUCACGACUUGGCAGGGCAGCACUAUGAUAUAUUAGAAAAUCUUUCACCAAAUGUUAAGAAGCGUGUGGAGGCUCUGAGAGAGAUCCAGAGCCAGCAUGAUGAGCUGGAGAAAAAAUUUUUUGAGGAGAGAGCUGCAUUGGAGGCUAAAUAUCAGAAACUUUAUGAGCCACUUUACACUAAGAGAUAUGAAGUGGUGAAUGGUGUGGUUGAAAUUGAAGGGGAAACAAAAGAUGCUGUCACUGACCAAGAGAAUAAAGUUGCUGAAGAGAAAGGAGUGCCUGAUUUCUGGCUCACUGCAAUGAAAAAUAAUGAUAUGUUGGCAGAGGAGAUAACACAGCGGGAUGAAGAGGCUCUCAAACAUCUUAAGGAUAUAAAGUGGUGCAGAGUUGAUGAUCCCAAGGGUUUCAAGCUGGAAUUUUUCUUUGAUUCUAAUCCUUAUUUCAAGAAUUCUGUUCUGACAAAAACAUACCAUGUGGAGGAUGAUGAUGAUGAUCCCAUCUUAGAGAAAGCAAUUGGAACGGAGAUUGAAUGGUACCCAGGAAAAUGCUUGACACAGAAGAUCCUGAAGAAGAAGCCAAAAAAGGGAUCAAAGAAUGCAAAACCCAUCACUAAAACUGAAAAUUGUGAAAGUUUCUUCAACUUCUUUAAGCCUCCUCAGCUUCCUGAAGAUGAUGAUGAUAUUGAUGAUGAUCUUGCCGAAGAACUCCAAGACCGAAUGGAGCAGGACUAUAACAUUGGUUCCAUAAUUCGGGACAAGAUAAUCCCUCAUGCUGUAUCAUGGUAUACUGAAGAGGCUGUUGAGGGGCAUGAAUUUGAUGGUUUGGAAGAUGACAAUGAUGAUGGUGAUGAAGAUGAAGAUGAUGGUAACGAGGAUGAUGAUGAAGAUGAAGAGGAUGAUGAUGACCAAGUGGAAAGCAAGGGCAGGAAGAAGAAAGGUGGGAAGGCACAAGGGGUUCAAGGUGUGCAGGUUGAACGUCCUCCUGAAUGUAAGCAGCAGUAACCUUGUGGUUGCAUGCAGCACUAUUUGGAGGCAUCAAUUAUAUUGUCAAAGGCGUCCUAGUUGCUGUAUAAGUUUUGAGUUAUGUGCAUUCUUCCAUUGUGAUUACGAUACUCUUUCUAUAAUAUUUCUUCUAUAAUUCUAUUAUAUGGUUACUUAUUGCCAUGCUAAUCUUUUGAAGUGGAACAAUGAACAUAUGGAAUGUUG